AAAGAACUAAAAAGGACAACAAGGACAAUCAAAUCAUAAGAGUCCAAACCGUCAGCAUGUUUUUGACAUCAAACUUCUCCAAAGUGAAGGCUGUCUGUGUGGUGGUGAUGGUCAUGAUGAUGAUGAUGAAGGAAGCGGCAGCAAAACCAGCAGGUCAUUCAAAACACUCAGUGAAGACACACAAGACGUCCUCUGAUGGUGCAACGGUGGAAACGGUCCCCCUGCAGCUUGACCCCAACGCUUUGACCGCCUCCAAAAACAUCAGGCCCCUGCAGAACUCCUCCAUCUCCCCGUGGACAUACAACAUCACCAGUGACGACUCUCUGUUCCCUCCGGUGUUGUCGGAGGCUCGCUGUUUGCUGCGCGGCUGUCUGGACUCAGAGGGCCGGGAAGACCUGAACCUUGAGUCCAGACCCAUCAUGCACCAGGUCCUGCUGCUGCGCCGUGUCAAAUCGACAGGGGCGGAGCACAGUUACCACUACAAGCUGGAGACCCGCCUCAUUGCUGUGGGCUGCACCUGCAUCCAACCCAUUGUCCAACACCAAGACUGAAGGACAGCAGAGCUUCUGUAU